UGAGAAAGGGAAGCGACCAGCCCGUGGUUAUUAAGCAGAGGGGGGCGAGCAAUCAGAGCUCAUUUACUCAUCGUCUCUCCCCAUUCUCUCAGUCUCAAAUCGAAGAACGCUGCAGGGGAGAGAAGAAAGGCCAAGCUCUGAAGAUCGGCGUGCUACAGAGGCUCAACGAGAGAGAAAUGGUGGGCGCUGCUGAUAGAGGGGUUUGUGGAGUUUGUUUCAACCAUUGCAAGUAUGAGACCGAGGGAAGCGGUUUAAACAUGUUUGCAUGGGAGGAGUUCAAGAAUGCAGGAGUUGUGCCCUGCAAUGAAAGGGCCCGUUUCAACAAUGUGACAGGAGAGAAGGUGACGUUUGUGGCAAACCAACGGGCAUACACUGUAAAGUGUUACAAGGGUCACAGAAAGAGCGCUAUGUAUGGGAGAGGUUGGAGGAAGUUCUAUGAAGACAACAAGCUGGGCAAGGGUCAGAUGGUGGUGUUAUUCCUGGAUCAACUUUCGCCUAUGGCAUCUAUUUUGUGGUUCCAAGUGGACAACGACUCCGAAGAUGAACAGCCUAUGGAGGAGGGUGAUCCCAUUGAAGAUUCAGACUCAGAUAAUGAGGAUGGAGGAGCUUCAAGUGAUGAUGGUGAAGGCAUUGUUCGCACUAGGGGGCUUUUGCUUAAUGAGAGAGAGAGGAUUUUCAGCUACAAGGGCUGCUGCCUCUCAGUGAUGAUUUCAUCGGGUUUGCUUUUGUUCACCGCCUCACAAGGACAGACAUUUGCUUGGGCAUGAUGCAAGAAGUGGAAAGACUUCGCAGCUAGCAGAGGACUCAAAGUCAACACAGCUGUUCUUAUUGGCUUCAAGAGCAGCGAGAGGGAUGAUGUCCAUGUCCUGGUUAUCUUGAAGAAGCUUGGCUAGGCGCCAGCCACAGCAACUGACGACAAGCAGAGUUGCGUCUAUAAUACUCAUCUUUUGGGUAUUUCUAUAUAUUUUCUGUGUCGAAGUCUGUAUGACGAACCUUUUUUCAUUUUUAUGCCAUGCCGAACCUGUCAAUGUAGUUUCCAUUUUCUUAUGUGUCCAUCGAACAAUGCGGCUUGAAUAAUAUAUGAUGGGAACCCUUUUCUACAUUAUAUUCAAGUUUUCACCUAA